UUUUCAGUCUAGAUUUGUUAGAGCAUGGACUUUGAAAGGAAAUGAAGUGCUAGUAGUGUGAACAUAGACUCAGAGUUGACCAUGGAGGGGAGCAAAAUGAUGUCUCAGCUUGUUGUCAUUGCUUGUUGUGUGGCAAUGGUUCAGCUUAGCCUUGGUGAAAACCAAUAUCUGUCUGGAGUGGUCAUAAGUGAGGUAAAGCGUACAAUUGACCUCUCUUCUCCUGUUGUGAAAAUUUCCCUGGAGUUUAUGGUGAGAAAUGAAGGCAAGAACCCACUGAUGAAGUUCCCGGUUUCACCAGAAGUAGAGGAGAAUCAUGUUGCAUUCAUUGAAGCUGCUCAAGGAGAUGACUCCCUCAUUGUCCAUCAUCCCAAGGAAAGGGGUUCAGAGUCUUUCUAUAUUUUGGAUCUCAAGAAACCAGUUCAGCCAGGAGAUAAAGUGAAAGUGAAUGUUAACAUGGUGUUGAGCCAUGUGCUGGAGCCUUUGCCUGCUGAGAUCAAACAGACAGAGAAGCAACUUCUUCAGUGGAAGGGAAAUGCUUACAUCUAUCAUCCAUGUCAAGUGGAAACCCAGACCACAAAGUAUAUCCUGCCCAGUAGUCAGAUUGAGGGAUAUUCACGAGUGAAGCCUGUCUCUUCUUCUGACUCCACCAUCAACUAUGGACCCUAUGAAAAUGUUCCUUCUCUAUCCAAGGGUGAACCAGUGAUGAUCCAUUAUGAGUAUACCCAAGCUGUGAUGACAGUGACAUCCAUGACAAGGACCAUUGAGGUUUCUCAUUGGGGGAACAUUGCAGUAGAGGAAGUCAUUGACAUUCUCAACACAGGAGCUCGUCUGAAGGGUCCAUUCUCCCGACCUGAUCUGCAAAAGGGACUCGUGCGUGCUGCUCACCUGGUUGCCUUCAAGACUGUGUUGCCAGCAUCUUCAAGACAUGUGUAUUAUCGGGAUGAGAUUGGGAACAUUUCUACAUCUCACCUGCGGGAAUUAGAAGACUCUGUGGAAGUGAUUCUUAGACCACGAUUCCCUCUCUUUGGUGGCUGGAAGACCCACUAUCUCCUUGGUUAUAGUGUCCCAUCUUAUGAAUACCUCUUCACUUCAGGAGAGGAAUUUGUGCUGGAGAUGCGACUCUUGGACCAUGUUUUUGAUGAUGUGGUGGUGGAUGACUUGAAGGUGGUUGUAAUAUUGCCAGAGGGGUCAAGAGUGACAGAGAUUAUCACCCCGUAUGAUGCAUCUAUCCUUCCUGAAUCCCUCACUUUCACAUACCUAGACACUGAAGGCCGACCAACAAUUGCCAUCCACAAGUCAAAUUUGGUUGAGAACCAUAUCCAGAAUUUCCAGGUGCAUUACACCUUCCCACGCUGGCGGUUGGCUGUUGAGCCUUUUCUGGUGGUGAUAGCAUUCUAUCUCCUCUUUCUGGUUGUCAUCAUCUAUGUGCGCUUGGACUUUCGCAUCACCAAGGAUGAUGUAUCAGAAGCCCGGAUGAGAGCCAGUGGAUAUUGUGAGCAGAUAGCAAAUCUGGAAGAAAAGAGAGAAGAUGUUUAUCAACAAAUUGAGGCUGCCAUUCAAACUCUAAAGACUUCCAAGGAUGUCAGUGCCUUCCAGGCCUCUAUGAAAAAUCUGAACAAUGAGCAUCGAAUUGUGACCCAGAACAUCACAGACCUGAUAGGGAAAGUGAAGGCAGAUUCUCCAGAUGCAGUUGAUCGACUUUCAGAAUUGCAGCAGUUGGACAAACAGAUGAAGGAGCUGUUGACUCAGCAGAGCCAACUGGCAGAGCGUCUCUUGGCUGGGAAGAUGAAUAAACAGGCAUACAUGGAUGCAGAUGCAGCAAACAGUAGGAAGAAGGAGCAAGUUAUGGAACGCCUCAGAGCCCUCCUCCUCACUCUCUAAUGCUCCCUUCUAUCUGAACCCCAUGGUUGCGAUCUCUUCUCUUUCAUUCCCUCUUAUUCUUCUUCCUCCCAUCCUGUGUGAAGUUUCCAACAGCUUGCAUCAUAAUUGGUGGGAAACUGAAAAUUUGGGUUUCCUCAGGCUUCAAUUUGUUUUUGUUGUUGCACCUUAGUCUUUAUCAAAAAUGAUUGGAAAAUGAAAUCUGGGAGUGACUGAUAU